GUUUCGACAAGAAUUUAAUUUCUUAAGAUUGCAGAAAAAGAAAAGAUAAAAAAAAAAAAAACUAUCUUCCGGUUAUUGAUUUAAAAUUAAAAAUAACAAAUGUAUUUUCUUUAUAUGUGCCUAGAAGAUGAGUUAAUGGCGCAUCAGACUUAUAAAAUCCUUUGGCAUGUGGUAACAUAAAGUUUUGAAUUUGGCGUGAUGGCUGAUAGGUUUAGCAGCUUAACAGAGUCUGUUCUCUGUUAUAUCCUCUCUUUUCUCUCUACCAAAGAUGCUGUAGCAACCUCUGUUCUCUCCAAGCGGUGGAAACCUCUCUGGCGUUCAGUUCCCGCUUUCGACUUCGACUGUGACUGUAAGUAUGAUUUUACCUUGCCAGCCGCAGCGUUUCUGAAGAUUCCGCCUACAAAUGUCUUCCAAUUGGAUUCCUUGAGUCUGAAAGCUUUUUCCUCUGCUGAUCUUCCCUUGCUUAAAAUCCUGCAUUUGCCUCAUGUUUUUUUUUCUCAGAAUAUAAACUUCUUUGGGGAGCUUCUUUCUGGGUGUCCUAAUCUUGAGGACAUGGAACUAAAAUAUUUAGGUUCUACAAGCAAUGCAAUUGAAGCAAAGUUUAAAAAAUUGCCCAAACUAGUCCGUGCUGUUAUGAAUAAAGAUCAAAUUCCAUUGGAAGUUGUUCACAAUGUUCAGUUCCUGCGCAUUAACUGGGUACUAAAUAAUUGAUUUGUUAUGAAUAAAGAUCAUAUUUUUGUUGUUGGGAUGUACCUCUUACAGAUGGACUAGAGAGUGAAAAUUAAUGAGGACUUGAUUCCCGAAUUUCACAAUUUAACUCGCAUUGAAUUCAGCUAUUCGGAACAUAAUAGGAACUGGAUGGAGGUGUUGAAAGUGCUUAAGCAUUGUCCCAAUCUCCAACAUCUUGUCAUCGAUCAGGGGAGGGUGGCAAUUCUCACUGUGUUCCUAAAUGCAUCUCAUCGCAUCUUAGAACAUGUUGUGUUUAUAAGUAUGGUGGCUACGAAACAGAAUUUGAAUUUGAAAG